AUGUGGAAUAAGACAGAUCUCAAGCCUCUGGGUGAAACCUCUCUGACUGCAAUUAAUCCAAGUGACAACUCUGAGCACCAAGUCAAAUUCAUCGUUGUUCCUAAUGGGUUCACCAAUCUCCUUGGUCUUAAUACUAUUCAGGAACUUGGUUUUAUAACCAUUAAUAACAAUGCCUUUAUCUCGAAUGUGUCUACACCUCAACUUGGUGAUCUGGGAAUGGCUACACUUAGAAUUGAUGAGUCGAUACCCCCAACUGUGCUUCCGUGUCACAAAGUACCUUUAUAUAUAGAAGAUGAUGUAAAACAGGAACUUGAUAGACUUGUUAAUAAAGGUGUUCUUGAACGAGUCAUCGAACCUACUGAAUGGGUUAGCCAAAUGGCCAUCGUUCACAAAAGCAAUGGRAAAUUACGAAUCUGUAUCGACCCUCAACCACUCAAUGUUGCACUUCAACGUGAACACUAUCGACUACCAGUACUAGAUGAUGUACUCCCGAAGCUUAAGGAUGCCAAAGUGUUUAGCAAACUUGACGACAAAGAAGCAUAUUGGCAUGUCCGACUUGAUGAGCGUUCUAGUAAUCUGACUACRAUGAUAACUCCAUUUGGCAGAUACAGGUGGAAACGACUUCCAUUUGGUCUAAAAGUCUCUAGUGAAAUCUUCCAACGGAAAAUUGACGAAGCUCUUGAGAAUCUUAAAGGUGUAUUCAACAUUGUCGACGACAUUAUUGUGGUUGGUUGUGGCGCUACUGAGUCUGACGCACUUCAAGACAACCAGAGGAAUCUCUCCUCAUGUCUCGAACGUUGUAAACAAAGCAACAUUAUUCUGAAUGAAGACAAACAGGAAGCUGGACUUAAGGAAAUAAUAUUUCAUGGACACAAAAUCACAAGCAGUGGUGUGGAAGUUGACAAAAACAAGGUCAAAGCUAUUCUCGAUAUGCCUGCUCCCACUGAUGUAGAAGGUAUAAGACGUCUAUGUGGUAUGGCGCAAUAUGUGUCUAGAUUCAUACCCGAUCUGGCAAGUUCACUAGAACCCUUGCGAAACUUAACCAGAAGGAAUGUCCCAUUCAUGUGGUCCAAAGAAUGUGAAGAUGCAUUUGAUACACUGAAACACAAACUCUCUGACGCUGCAUGUUUAGCCUACUUUGAUCCAGCGAAAGAAGUUGUUAUUCAAGUCGACAGCAGUCAACAUGGCAUAGGCGCAGUUCUACUACAAGAUGGCCGUCCCAUUGAAUAUGAAUCACGCGCAUUGACCCCAUCUGAGAGGAACUGGGCCUAA